AUGAGAACAUAUCAAGUGCUGCAAGUUUACUGGCUAAUUGAUUUACUGAGUGCCGUUUCGGUAUUGCAAGGAAAGGAUGAAAAGAACAUUCCGUACUGUGAAGUGGGUCCUUGUUAUACUGUUAACUUACCUUGUGAUAACAAAGGAAAAGUCAAGCAAUGUUAUACAAAUGCUAAGCUAUUGAGGGAAAAGGACUACAGGUAUAUCCUUCAAGACACCUUUAAUAAGCUUAGGAAUAAUGUCGCUGGAGGAAAAACUUAUAGAAAUCUGCCGACAGCAGCACGCAUGGGUAGGAUGAUCUGGAAUAAGGAAUUGGCCUACUUUGCCAAACUGGAUGUGAGCCGAUGCGAAGUUAGUCCCAGACCCUGCAUGAGCUCAUCCAACUUCGAUCUGAUUAGUAGUCUAGCUGGUGUGACCGAAUAUGUACCUGACAAUUCCACCUCAAAGAUGGCCGAAGCGAUUCAGAGUAUCGCCCUCAAUUGGUUCAAGGAUAUUCGUAGCAUAACGCGUUUGGAUACGCUCCAUUUGGCUGUCGCAGCCAAAGAAAGUGGCAUCCUUUCAGCCGCAUUGCUGCUAAUUGAGCAUAACACUCAGUUCGGAUGCGCUGCUCUGCGCUAUUGGAAUGAUGUAUACUAUUAUGUUAUCCUUAGUUGCGUUUUUGGCACGGACAAUCAGGACGGUCAAUGGAUAUACAAAUGGGGUGUCAGUCCCGGUAUCAAUUGUCGAAGACAAGAUAAAACAUAUAUUAAUCUGUGCGCCAGAGGAGAAACCUAUGAGACAAAGAAACCAAAAACGCAUUUUGCUCGAAUAAGGAAAGAUUGGUAAAAAA